UUUAAUAGAUGGCAGCUUAAUGGGCCUUUCAAACUAUUGGGUUUAAGGAAGUCUGAUGGACGAGGACGAAUACGUGGAGUCGGAGUGGCCAGAUGAUAGCCAGGCCACGUAUGAUUUCCAAAACUUCCCUUCUUACUCGGAUGAAGAUGGCCAAUAUGGGGAUGAAGAUUUCAGCAUCUUGGACAUUGCGAUACACUGUGUCCUCCCAACGGCACGAGAUGCCCUCUUCCACUUUGGUCAAGUGCUCAUUUAUUGCUUCCUUUUUCGCUUCUCAACACAGAUCUUGACACUGCCUGGAGCUGCCGUGCAUUUCUUCUCAAGCUCCCUGGGAUUGAUUUUGUUAUGGAACUUCUUUGAGGUGCAGGUCAUCUACUUCAUCAUCGUGGCCACUGUGGCAUACGUGUGCCUAUUCGUCUCUUCGAGAUUCAAAAGAGAAUCUUCUGGGAUCAUCUGUGCCUCAAUCUGUAUUCCUCUUGUUGUAUAUUGUGAACUGAAACUUGCCGAACCGUCCGAUUGGCACAUGAUUCGAGGAGCUCAAAUGCUGCUUCUCAUGAAGGUCAUCUCUGUUGGAUUUGACUUAGAUUCUGGGAAAAUCUCUUCCUUUUUAAAUCCAUUGGAAUUCAUGGGUUAUAUAUUCCAUGUUGGCUCUGCCAUUUUUGGGCCUUGGAUUUCAUAUGAAGACUAUUGCAAAACUCUGCAUCGACCACCUUUUAACUUUUCAUGGGUGGUGAAGAUUCUGAAGAGUUCUGUUUUAGCUUUCACAUUCCUGUCCAUAUCCACCUGUUGGUCAGAAGUCUUUGGGUGGUAUUUUACAUGGAGGUGGGCCCUGGCCUACAGGGAUGCUCUGAGUUUCAGAGCCAGUCAUUAUUUUGUGUCCUACAUGUCAGAGGCAUCUGUCGUGGCUUCAGGAGUUGGAGCAGACAAAAGUGGAAGCUGGAAUGCUGUGACAGUCACUCGACCCCGGUACAUAGAGUUUCCGCGAUCUCUCGUUGAAGUGGUUGUGCACUGGAAUGUUCCCAUGCAUCAGUGGCUCAAAACAUACGUCUUCAAGACGACUCGAAGAUACGGUCGGCUGAUCGCCAUCCUGAUCACGUAUGCAGCCAGUUCAAUGCUCCAUGGUCUGAACUUCCAGAUAUGGGCUGUCCUCUUGUCCCUGGGAUUUUACACAUACAUUGAAUACAUGCUGCGAUUGAAGCUCGCUUCGAUAUAUGGUGCACCGAUUCUUGCAAAUCCUAACGCAAAGGAGGCGACCGACGCGUACAAAUGGUGGCAUCCGUGGAUCCUGGCUAUUAAUUGUGGCUUCAUGCUCCUCAAUGUUGCUCACUUGGCUUACUUGGGUCUCAUCGAUCGAGCACAAGGUGAAGGAUUCAACCUUGAGGAGUCUUCUGGGCUUGCAAACACUCUCACCAAAUGGGCAUCUUUGGAUUUUCUCAGCCAUUGGUAUGCUCUUGUGAUGUAUGGUUUCUAUGCUCUGAUCUAAGAUCUGAUUUAUUAUUUUUUAUUGUUAUAUUUAUUACUGGG